CGUCACCGAGCUCACAAACAUCCUUACUUUACCACACCAAGUCAUAAUCAAAGACAGAUAAACCCUAUAUAUAUAUAUAUGGGAGUAUUACACACCGCGCACCCACACACGCACUCCCUCAAUAUCUUUCCCUCCAGUGUUAGAGUUAGGGUUUCCUGUGUCUAAUUCACCUCACACGUCCAAAUCCCUUCUCUUGAGAUCAAACUGAUCGUCAAAGAUGACAGGCAAAGCCAAGCCGAAGAAGCACACAGCCAAGGAGAUCGCGGCCAAGAUCGACGCCGCGACCACCAACCGCGGCGGCGGCAAAGCCGGAAUCGCUGACCGGACCGGAAAAGAGAAGGGAGGGCACGCCAAGAUGGAGUGCCCGCACUGCAAGAUUACGGCACCGGACGUGAAGUCGAUGCAGAUUCACCAUGAAGCUCGACAUCCAAAGAUCCCUUUUGAGGAGGAGAAGAUUGUGAAUCGCCAUGCCAGCACCAGCACCAGCACCAGCACCAGCACCCAAGUCGCAGAACCCUCCAAGGACGCUAACAAGCCACGACCUGGCGUUCGCGGCAGUCUCAAGAAGUGAAUUGCAGUCAAAAGUCAAAUCAAAUCAACCAAAGGAACGGGCUUUCUGGUGCUUUCGCGGGUAGUGGUAGGUUUACUAGAUUGGGUAAGAGGGUCGGAGUCAGAGCCAUGCUUGUUUUGGUUGGCAGUGCUUUAUGGGUAUUGGUUAAUUUUGGAAUUUUAUGUGAUGUAUAUUAGUUUCUUCUAUGUCUAAGGUCAUCAAGAUGAUCAAUGUUUCAGAAUUGAGUGGUUUAUGGAAUGUGCUUUAAAUCAUUUUCUUUCCUGAUGUUGAUCUUGAUUAUUAAUGAAUAGCCGAUGGUGGGUAAAAAGAAGGGGUCUUUUCUUAGUCCGAAGAAACCUA